UCUGCAAAACCACUUGCUCCCCUCCCCCAUUGCGAUUUGCGAGAGAACGCACCGAGGCUUCAAGAUUUGUAGCUUCCACUGCUCUACGCGACUCACCAGUGGAGAGGGGAGAGAGAUGGCGACGGAGCUGACGGCGUCGCAGCUGCGGGCGUACGACGGGAGCGACCCGUCCAAGCCGAUCUACGUCUCCAUCCGGGGGAAGAUCUACGACGUCACCUCCGGCCGCAGCUUCUACGGGCCCGGCGGCUCCUACGCCGUCUUCGCCGGCCGCGAGGCCAGCCGCGCGCUCGGUAAGAUGUCCAAGGACGAGGCCGACGUCUCCGGCGACCUCUCCGGCCUCACCGACAAGGAGCUCGGCGUCCUCGCCGACUGGGAGACCAAGUUCCAGGCCAAGUACCCCGUCGUCGCCCGCCUCACCGACGCCGCCUGAAACCCCCUCAAAUCAACCCCUCGCCGCCCCCGCCGCCGCCUUAGAUUAUUGUAUCCUCUUUGUGCUCUACUGCGUAAUUCCACCCGUAAUUCCAUCUGUACCCUAUUACUCCUCCCCUGCAUACACUGGUGUCAGGGUCUUGCUUGAUUAGCUACCCAAUAAUCUGAAUAAGAGAUCUGGGUGUGAUUUAAAGUAAUCGAGCUGUCUGAUGA